AUGACAGAAUACUGGUUUGCUACACGGGAGAGACAACUGGAAUGUAUUCGUAGAGGAAAGGACAAGAUAAGAUGCAAGAACUACAUCCUCUUCCUCCAUAAGAUAAAUAACUCUGACUUAUAUGUUUGUGGAACCAACGCAUAUCACCCAACUUGUGAUCAUAUGGGGACGAAUAUAAGAUUGCAAGGAAGAGCUGAAGAGAGCAGAGGAAGGUGUCCAUUUGAACCAACUGCAAAGCAUGCGUCCGUUUUCAUCGAUGGGGAAUUUUAUUCGGCUACUUCAAAUAACUUCUUGGGAACAGAGCCUAUAGUACUUCGCAGUAUGAGAAAUCCUGUAAGAACAGAGUUUGAAACGUCAUGGCUAAAUGAACCAAGCUUUGUCAACAUGGAAGUAGUGCAUGAAAGUGAAUCUAAUCCAGAUGGAGAUGAUGAUAAAAUUUAUGUGUUCUUCACUGAAACAGCUGUGGAGUUUGAGUUCUAUGACAAGCUUCUGGUAUCCAGAAUUGCCCGUAUCUGCAGAGGGGAUCUUGGUGGAAAACGCAUCUUGCAGAGAAGAUGGACAUCAUUUUUAAAAUCCCGCCUUUCCUGUUCCAUUCCAGAGUUAAACUUCCAUUUCAAUAUUGUCCAGGACAUCUUUUUACUUCGGAGAACAAGGUGGCAGGACAGCAUAUUUUAUGGAAUUUUUUCCCAGCAAUGGGGAAGUUUAGACAUAUCAGCUGUUUGUGCGUACAGUAUGGAAAAUAUUCAGGAAGUCUUCUCCAAAGGAAACUACAAAGGACCAGUAACUGUGGACCAUUCCCCUGUGAAAUGGAUGGCGUAUAGGGGAGAAGUGCCGGUUCCACGUCCUGGUGCUUGCAUUGAUAAUUUUGCCCGGAGUAUUGGGUAUAAUACCUCUUUUGACUUGCCUGACAAAGUUCUGCAGUUUGUUAGAGAUCACCCUCUAAUGGAUAACUCUGUAAAUCCAAUUGAUAAUCGACCGGUGCUGCUGAAGAGAGGUUCAAACUAUACCAGGAUUGUAGUAGACAGAGCCACUGGCCUAGACAAACAAACAUACGACGUUAUGUUUCUAGGAACAGAUGAUGGAUAUUUGCAUAAAGCUUUCAGUUGUGAUGGGGAAAUGUUCAUUGUGGAAGAGCUACAGCUGUUUCUGUCUCCUGAGCCUGUACAGUCUCUCCAGCUGUCUUCUGAAAAGGGAAUGCUCUAUGCAGGGUCCCUGUCUCAAGUGGUGCAGCUUCCAGUUUCUGAGUGCCACCGAUACAAGCACUGCUUGGACUGCAUCUUGGCCAGGGAUCCGUACUGUGCGUGGUCUCAGUCUGUUCAUGAGUGCGUUCUACUGGCAAAUCAAACUGGGCAUACGAAGAAUUUAAUUCAAAGUGUGAAAUACGGGGAUGCUUCCAGCUGCCUUAGUGUAAAACAUAGUGUGAGAAAAUGUCUCUUUACCCUUGGAAACAAUGUUCAUCUUAAAUGUGUUCCUCUGUCGAAUCUGGCAAGCAUAGUGUGGAAGUUUAAUGGGAGCAGACUUCAGGCUGAGGACUCUAAAUAUCUCCUCUAUGAUGGAGGAAUAGCAAUCUUUAAUAUGACAAUGGAUGCAGCUGGAUUCUAUGAUUGUCUCUCAGUAGAGAAAUCCAAAGGGAAGGAAUUCCUCAUCACUGUGGCCCGCUAUGCCCUGUAUGCCCAAGAAAAGGCAGAGGAAGGAAAUGUUACUGCCACAGCAAAUAAGCAUAGUGAAGCCGGAGCUGAGGGUUUUCAGUCUUCAGUACCACCUUCUUUACUGAACGAGGCAGCGAAACAGAAAUCAGAGGACAGCCAAAGCGAGAAGCUUGUUUUAAAACUCUUGGGGACCCUUGGAGCUGGUUACGCCUGCGCGGGCUAA